UAUCGCGUUGUUACAAAGUCCCGUAAUGGCGGCGUCUAGGGGGAUGGAGACUGAAGGAAGCAACGCCGUGUUAUCGGCGCAGGAGUUGGAUAAAGACAAUGUCAGCAUGUUUCCGGGUUUUAAGGACGCAGACGCUUUUGUGAAGCAUGGACUGGGAACAGUGGUUUCUGUCACGAAGGCGUCUUCCAACCUUCCCCAAUCUGGCGAUGAAUAUGACCUCUACCGCAGCUUUCCUGGUUUCCGGAGCUUCUGUGAAGCUCAGGGGGACAGGCUCCUGCAAUGCAUGAGUCAGCUGAUGCGACAUCACGGCUGCAGACCACUCACACGCGACCAGAACAGACUGACAGGCCUGGAGGAGAGCUUUGACCUAGUUGUGGAUUCCAAUGAUGUUAUACUUGAAAGAGUGGGCAUCCUGCUGGAUGAGGCCUCGGGGCUGAACCGCAGCCAGCAGCCCGUCAUGCCCGUGGGCUUCCAGCCGCCCAAGACGGUUGUGUCCAGCUGGAACCGCAAAGGGCGGGACCCAGCCCGGAAAUCUGCCAGUGAGACCUUCCGGCUGCUGCAGGCCAAGAACAUCCCGAGGCCACAGCUCAAAUUCCAGGAGAAGGUGGACAACAACAACACGCCAUUUGUCUCCAAGAUCUUCAUCAAGCCCAAUGCCAUGAAGCCCCUCCCAUCCUAUUUCAGCAACAAGCGCUCGCGGAAGGAGAGGCCGGAGGAUCUGGACAUCCCCGCAGCCCUGGCUGACUUUGUGCACCAGCAGAGGACGCAGGAGCACAUGGAUGACAUGUUCGCCCACCCCUAUCAGCAUGAGCUGGACCACCUGUCGAUGCCAGAGAGCUUCGUGUCUAAACCUGAGCCACAGAUGUUCAAACCCAUCUCUGAGACCAGCUGCAAGUUCAUUGACACCCUGGAGGACCUGGUGGCUCUGAACGAGAGGCUGGCUAAAACGUCGGAGUUUGCUGUGGAUCUUGAGCAUCAUUCCUACCGAAGUUUCCUUGGCCUUACGUGCCUGAUGCAGAUUUCGACGCGGGAUGAGGAUUACAUCAUCGACACGCUUGAGCUGCGCAGCGAAAUGUACAUCCUCAACGAGACGUUCACCGAUCCCUCCAUCGUCAAGGUGUUCCACGGCGCAGACUCGGACGUCGAGUGGCUGCAGAGGGACUUCGGCCUGUACGUGGUGCAGCUGUUCGACACUCACCAGGCAGCCCGUGCCGCCAGCCUGGGCCGGCACUCUCUGGACCACCUGCUUAAGACCUACUGCGAUGUGAGCUCGGACAAGCGCUACCAGCUUGCAGACUGGAGGAUCAGGCCCCUCCCGGUGGAGAUGUUCCAGUACGCCCGCGCUGACACACACUACUUGCUGUACAUCUACGACCGGAUGAGGGCCGACCUCUUCGAGGCGGCGAACGGGCAGCACAGCCUCGUACAGUCCGUGUGGCUCAGGAGCAGGGACCUCUCUCUGAAGGUGUACGUAAAGCCCCUGUUCACAGAACACUCGUACAUGGAGGUUUACCGCAAGCAGAAGAGGACGUUCAACACUCAGCAGCUGACAGCCUUCAGGCUGCUGUACGCCUGGAGAGACAGGCUGGGCAGGCAGGAGGAUGAGAGCACGGGGUAUAUCCUGCCCACCCACAUGAUGAUUAAGAUUUCUGAAGAGCUGCCAAAGAUGCCCCAGGGCGUCGCCGCUUGCUGUAACCCAGUGCCUCCGCUGGUGCUGCAGCAGAUCAAUGAGCUCCACCUGCUGGUGCAGCAGGCUCGCGACAUGCCGCUGCUUAAGGCUGAAGUCUUGGCAGAAAAGAAGAAAGGAUUUACCCCUAAAAGAAAGGCGGAGGUCUCCUUGUUCGGACCCCAUGAUGCUUCUCGUGUCUCUGAAAGCGGCGUCCCCGAAUCCCUCAGUCCCGGGGUUGAGGAAAAGCGAGGCGUGCUCUUCUCAGAGGACGACAACACAGGGGACACGGAAGCUAUCAGUCACCUCUCGGCCUCCGCCAAAAUCACGCUCUUUGCGGAUCCUGACUCGCACAAAGAAGGCGGGGACUCCUUCACCGUGGCGCAGCAGAAAGCGUGCCGCAUCAUGGAAUCCUUCCAGAACCCUUUCAGGAUGUACUUGCCCUCAAAGGAUAAUAAUAUACACAUCUCCAAAACGGCGAAAUACGAUCCAACAUCAAAAGUCUACGAGAUCAGUAACAGGUGGAAGCUGCAGAGCAUGGAGCAGCAGAAGAAGGAGGCGGAGGCUCAGCGGGAAGCCCGGGUCCGGGCCAAGGAGGCGGCCAGGAAGGCGGCGGAAGAAAAGCAGAAGGUGGAGCAGGAUUAUCAGGCUUCACUCAAGGACGUGAAGACCGUCCGGCAGCAGGCCCAGAUGGCUGCCAAUCAGGGAGCAAAGAAGCGAGAAGGUGACAGAGAUGACCUUCCUGAAAAGCCCCCCAAAGCCAAGAAGAAAGCCGCGAAGCCAGCCCCCCCGGACUCUGCCCCGCCUGUUGGCACCUUCAAGCCAUACGACUACAGUCAGGCACAGCUGAAGGUUUUCAGUGGUGGGAAAACAAAAGAGGGAACACAGUUUGAUCCCAACAGACACGCUGAGGGCCCCGGUCGGAAGAAAACAUCAAAAUCGCAAAAAAUCAAGCCUUCAGCGGGAAACAAGAGCAUGUCUUAUUUAUCAGGAAAAUCUGAGAGGGGAUUCAGGCAUAACUGGCCUAAAAGAUGAAGCUCUUCACUGGAUGUCUGAUCAGUUGCCAUCAACUCCACUAUCAAAGACAAUUACUGGACACUUGAGCCUGGUUGUGCAGUUUUUUUAUUCUCUAAGUUACAUUUUCCAUCGCAGAUGUUUAAGGGAAGUUUCCAGCAAUCGCCUAAUAGUUUAACUGUAAGCUUAUUUUAAAUGUUUUAAUCCUUUCUUUUUAGUUAUUGGCCCCUUUACACACUUGCCAAUAAACAUCAUUUUGCUGGUA